AAAACCAAUUAAACGAACAAUUAGAAUAUGGUUGCUGACAAUUAUGACAUGAUCACAGACGACAGUGGAUGGAAACCAAAGUUUGCAAGUGAAGAAAAGGUUGCGAGGAGCCAAGCGAACUUUGGAACGAUCCUGGCAAUCGGAGGAGCUGAUUUUGCGCUGAUCGCAUCCGACUAUUGCAUGACUAGUGAAUUAGACAAUCUCUUCCCGAUGACACGGCAAUCGGUAAUGGGAUGCAUUGGAAGCUGGGUAGAUGUCGCAUCGAUGAAUGCGUUGAUCAAGAGGCGUGGUCAGAUGCGCGAGCUGGAUAACAGAUCGAAACUGCCGACUGAGAUCCUUGCAUCGAUAAUCUCCGGCACAAUCAAUAGCCGCCGACUCUUCCCAUGGCGUACAUCCACAAUUCUGGCCGGGCUGGACGUAAUGGGCAAGGGCGCCGUUUAUCAAUACAACGACGUUGGCCAACGCGGCCGAUUUCUGUAUAGUGUUCUUGGAAGUGCUCGAAAUAUUAUGUGGCCACAGCUUAACCAUGUCAUUGGUAAGCCCCAGCACUAUCCCCUACUCACCAAGGAGCGUGCUUUCGACCUUGUCCGCGACUGUUUCAUGGAUGCCUCUCGUGUGCAUACAGUCAUCGGUGAUACAGCGCUGAUCAAAAUCAUUACCAAGGAUCUCAUAGAGGAGCAGAGCCUUAAAUUGCGCUAGAAUCAAAGAACUCAGCUAGAGUACAUAAUUA